CCAGCUCCUCCUCUUCCCACAGAGUUCAAAGAGCCUUUCAGCAGCUCUUGAAUAUAACUCGGAAACAGUCAGGGGUCCGAGAUUUGGACCAAACACUUUUACACUAGUUAUCGUCCCAUCUGAAUCGCGAGACCGGGAAUCAUGUCUGGACCUCCUGUUAUCAUAUGGGAGCGUGAAGUUGAGCGCUUGCUGCAUUACAGAGAGCUGAUCCCUCGUCUGGAGGAGGCUCUGGGGAAAUUCUCCAGACGAGACAUCGCAGAGGUGAUCCAGCCUGUGCGCUCCGCAUUGCCCUUGCAGAAAUACAACGGCUACCUGGGAUUGAUGCCUACAUACAUGGAGAAUGACGGACUCCUGUCCACAAAGUUAGUGUGUUUCUACGACAGGGAAGUUGGUUCAACGUUGCCUGCCAUUAAAGCCACGGUGGUGCUGCUGGACCCAGAGUAUGGGAAUGUAAAGGCUGUCAUGGAUGGAGAUGUCAUCACAGGCAUGAGGACAGCUGCAGCCUCUGCCAUCUCUGCUAAGCUGCUGAUGCGUCCUGAAGCAGAGGUGCUGGCCAUCUUGGGGACCGGCAAACAGGCCCUGAGUCAUUACAAUGUCUUCACAGAGAUGUUUUCAUUUAAAGAGGUGCGUGUGUGGAGCCGCACAAGAGAGAGAGCGGAGAGGUUUUGCCAAUCUGUCAGUGGUCCGGUGACAGCGUGCAUCUCAGUGGAGGAGGCGGUGAGGGGAGCAGACGCCAUUGUGACAGUAACCACAUGUACAGAGCCAGUGCUCUUUGGUCAGUGGGUCAAACCCGGAGCCCAUGUGGCAGCGGUGGGAGCUUGCAGGCCAAACUGGCGGGAGCUGGACGACGUGUUGAUGAAGGAGGCGGUGGUGUACACUGACACCAGGGAGGGAGCAAUGACUGAGUCCGGGGACGUCAUUCUCUCUGGGGUUGAGGUAUUCGCAGAGCUUGGAGAUGUUAUUAACGGGACAAAACCCGCCCACAGAAACAAGACAACAGUGUUCAAAUCCCUUGGAAUGGGAGUUGAGGAUGCAGUGUCAGCAAAACUGGUAUUUGAACAAUGGAAAGCCAAAGCCAGCCAACCAUGAAGUGACUGUGUACUUAAAACCUGACAUCUUGACCUUUAUGCCACGCAAGCUGAUAAAGAUCAAGGCAAUAUAAGAAAGUACAAGAAAUAAUAUUUCAAUCUAAAUGGAUUUUACUUAAGUUUAUCCAUCCUGGAAACAAACGUGUGUGUGUAUAUAUAUACAUGCUGUAUAACCUGAUAAACCUUCCCUCAUAGGCAAUUGGCAUUCGCUGGUUUCAGCUUCUUAAAUGUGCAAAUUUGCUUCAUGUGUUUUUUAUGAUUGUGAAUCAAUUUUCAUUGUUUUACACUGGUGGGUCAGAUGAAAACUAUCACCUUGGAGACAUGUCAUUGGGCUCUGGGAAAUUGUGAUGGACAUAUUUCACAUUUUAUAGACUAAACAAAUGAGGGGUAAAAUAAAUCUUUAGUUCCAUCUUA